AUGCUGUUGACUUUUCAGUCUGUGGCUUGUGAGUGUGCGUCCACCAGUGGCCCUCCUUUCGCUCUUUUUCAAUUCUACCGCGUGUGCAUCCAUUCUCUUUCGCACUGUGCCUCCAUUGCAUCCCACUCACUGCCUCUCCUUGUGCAACCCUCUCCUCCCCCUCCCCUCCUCCUCCCCUCCCCUCCUUUCGCUCUUCUUUAUUUCAUCACACUUGCAUGCAUGCGCCCCUUCCAUAAUGGUGACUCUCCCACUCACUGCCUCUCCCUCCCCUCCCCUCCCGCCCCCUCCCCUCCCUUCCUCUCCCUUUCCCUCCCUUCCACCACCCCCUCGCAGGAGCUCAAGAGCAGCGCUGCUGGUCGCCUGAGACGCCAUGCCAUGCCUGCUGCCCACGCUGCUUCAACUGCCUCCUGCUCUCACGCCAUCAGCUAA